UCCCUGUGUCACGUGACAAUUAUUUCGAGUAAUCCGCCAUCUUUAUGGUAAAUACGCAUCUCAUCGUUUCCUGUGUGACUUCCUUGGAUGUUUAACUCAUUUCCCGCGCUCGUUGCACAUCGCCAAAUCAUUCUGCACGACUCCCAGAUUCACCAAGCCUUUUAGAUCCGAAAACAGGUGCUUUGCAAGGCCAGGCUUCGAGGACAACCCCUCCAAAACACCAUGCCGGUCCGAAAACAAGAUGCUCAUCGGGCCUUGGAGCUGUUGGAGGACUACCACUCCAGACUCACCCAGCCACAGGACAAACAGCUCAAGAUAGCCAUAGAACGUGUCAUCAAAAUAUUCAAAAGCAAGCUCUUCCAGGCUUUACUUGACAUACAGGAAUUCUAUGAGUUCACACUUCUAGAUGAAAGUAAAUCCACACAACAGAAAACGUUAGAGACACUACAGAUUGCCAGUAAGUGGGAGAGGGAGCCACCUAUCACCACCGUGACACAGCCCAAAAUAGAGAAGUCUGUGGCUCCCGUGGAUGAAGAGUUACCUCCCCCUCCUCCAGAGCUCAGAAAUGACACGCACACCAAAGCUCACAUUAUCAGUGCCGACGACGAUGUAGAUACUUUACCCCCUCCACCACAAGGAUCCGAGGGUGGAGAAUCCGAUUAUAUAAAUGGAGAGCCAGAGUGGGAGUUUGAAACCAUUCCAUUAUUUAGGGGGAACACAGGGCUUGGGUUCAGCAUUGCUGGAGGGGCAGACAAUCCUCAUAUUGGGGAGGACCCUAGCAUCUUCAUCACCAAGAUCAUCCCCGGGGGUGCUGCUGCCGAGGACGGGAGACUGAAAAUCAAUGACAUCAUUGUGAAGGUCAAUGAGGUCGAUGUGUCAGAGGCCACACACUCCGAGGCAGUGGACGCGCUCAAGCAGGCUGGUACCCGGGUAGUGCUGCAUGUGAAAAGGCUGAAAGCACCAACAGAGAAUGUUUUAGAAAUUCAACUCAUUAAAUCCAAUAAAGGCCUUGGAUUCAGCAUAGCAGGGGGUAUCGGAAAUCAACACAUUCCAGGUGACAAUGGUAUUUUUGUCACCAAAAUCAUUGAGGGAGGGGCUGCAGAACAGGACGGACGGCUAGCCGUGGGGGACAGGCUUAUUGCUGUGAAUGAAGCAAACCUUGACAAUGUGACACACGAGGAAGCUGUGGCUGCACUGAAGGCCACACAGGAGGUUGUGAACUUGACCAUUGCCAAGCCAUCCUACAUACCAGACAAUGUCAGUCAGGAUCAGGGAACACCCCCAUCUGCUAGAAAAGUAGAGAAUGUCGCUGUGGUUGCGCCAACCUCAAGUCCAGAUACUUUCAUACGUUCAAGUCCAGAUUUCAGACGUUCAAGUCCAGACAAACCCACAAAUGUUUCCCUGCAUUCAGAGAAUACCUACGCUAAUGAGGACCCUGGGAGGGAUCCAAGGAAAAUAAUUCUAAAGAAAGGGUCAACUGGUCUUGGCUUCAACAUCGUUGGAGGGGAGAAUGGGGAGGGGAUAUUUGUGUCCUUCAUCCUGGCUGGUGCACCAGCGGACCUUAGCGGGGAACUACGGAGGGGCGACCAGAUCUUGUCUGUGAAUGGGAAAGAUCUGCUCCUGGCCACCCACGAGGAGGCAGCAGGUGCCCUAAAGACGGCGGGAGACACGGUGGAACUGGUGGUCCAAUAUAGACCUGAUGAAUACAACAGAUUUGAGGCCAAAAUACAGGACCUGCGAGAGCAGAUGAUGAAUACAAGCACAGGCAGUUUACGCACCACCCAAAAGAGGACUCUCUAUGUCAGAGCAUUGUUCGAUUACGAACCAACAAAAGACAGCGGUUUGCCCAGUAAAGGCUUAGCUUUUAAAUAUGGGGAUAUUCUUCACGUAACAAACGCAAGCGACGAUGAAUGGUGGCAGGCCCGAUAUGUGACGCCCGACGGGGAGGAGGAGGGAAUGGGAAUCAUUCCAAGCAAAAAACGGGUAGACCGAAAAGAAAGAGCAAGGUUAAAAAAUGUCAAGUUUACUGGCAAAACAAGUGAAAAGACAAAUGGAAAUGUGCAACAUAUGAAUGCAAAUGAGAAGAAAAAGAAGAAUUUCUCAUUCUCCAAACGGUUCCCCUUCAUGAAGAGCAAGGACCAUGCAGUGGGCGAGGAUAUCAGUGCUGAUGAGCGUGGUGCCGACAGUGAGGCUAGCUAUCGUGGUGAUGAACCAAUCCUUUCCUAUGAAGCUGUUGUUCAACAGGAAUUAAAGUACACCCGACCAGUCAUCAUCUUGGGACCGCUGAAGGACAGAAUCAAUGAUGACCUCAUCUCAGAAUUCCCAGACAAAUUCGGAAGUUGUGUCCCUCAUACAACACGACCCAGGCGUGACUAUGAGGCAGACGGCAGAGACUACCACUUUGUGGACUCGCGGGAACAAAUGGAGCGUGACAUCCAGAAUCACUUGUUCAUUGAAGCAGGACAGUACAAUGAGAACUUGUACGGAACCAGUGUAGCUUCUGUCAAAGAAGUUGCAGAGAAGGGAAAGCACUGCAUCCUCGAUGUGAGCGGCAAUGCCAUUAAGAGGCUACAAGUAGCAGGACUAUACCCUGUCGCCAUACUUAUCAAACCAAAGUCCAUAGAAUCCAUUAUGGAUAUGAACAAGAGAAUAACAGAAGAACAAGCAAGGUUGACAUAUGAAAGAACCAUGAAAUUGGAGCAAGAGUUCGGAGAAUACUUUACUGCUGUUGUGCAGGGGGAUACGGCGAACGAGAUCUAUGCAAAGGUGAAGGAAGUGAUCCGUGACCAGUCUGGUCCCACCAUCUGGGUACCAGCCAAGGAGAAGUUAUGAGCGGUCAAGCGGAUCGUCGAGUGGAAACUGUUGCAGAUCAGCCCUUGCUCAGUGAUAGUCUAACUGCCAUUGAACUGUGACAUUCUUACCAAAUCGUGUGUGACGAAGCAGGCCAAGGGGAACUUAUCUACAAACCUGGGCAGGCAAUAGAUUUAUUUAUUGGAGUUUAUGUUUUUUACUGUGAAUGUAUCAUUAUUUUUUCAUCUUCGAUCAUGCAUUUCACCUGUGUGACUUUGUUCAUGUGCGAUUAGGUCAGAGUGGCCAUUGAUUGUAUGGAAACGAAAGCCAAAUGUCUUGUAAAGGGUCUUAUUUGAAAUAAUCAAAAGGGUUGAGCAAGCAAAUUUUUGGGUGGUUAAUUCAAUAAUCAGGUAUAUAAGGAAAGAUAUUGCAGGAACUUAAUCAAGUAUUGAUUGAUACUGAAUUUUUAACAGAAUGUUGAUAAUCAAGUGUUGCCAAUUGUGAUAGAAUUUGUAUAUAUAUAUAUACAUAUUAUGAUAGGAAGAUUGAUUAUUGAAUAAUACCUUGGAGAAUUUUAAUAUUGUAAUAUAUAUAAAGUGAUUUUAUGGUGAAGAUGUUCAUGUUACCCCCGUUGAUUUAGACAUAUUUUACUGACAACAUUUUAUAUGUACCGUAGCACUGACCACGAUGCAGUAUAUAUCUGUACUUUGUGUUAGCUUCCAGUGUUAUCAGCUGUACAGUACCCAGGCCUGUCAAGGCGAGCUUCUUGUAACUGAUUAUAAUAGACGGUUAUUGAAAUCAACAUUCCCCAAGUAUUCCAAGGUAGACCACACUCCUCUGUACAAAGGCUAUUGGUUUUUUUUAAUGUAGCAGCUUUUGAAUUAUCUGUUAUUUCGAAUGAUUUUAUAAUUAAAGCGUUGUUGUAUCUAUUGUUGGGAGUAGGGGGAUGAACUAUAAACAAAAGUGCUGGGGGUGUUUAUGUACGAGAAGAGCAAAGCUAUUAAUUCUUUUUUUUUCUAAACAAAUCAAUGUAUGUUUGCAUAUCUUGGGCAUUUAAUGUCGAGGGGAGACCACUCACAGCCCUGUUGUUAUUUUUUUUUUCUUUCGCUAUUUUUUUUUUUUUUUUUUUUUUUUUUUAAUUUUGUAGCUUCAUUUUUCUACCUCGCUUGCCUCCUUCCACCAAAGGAUGGUCAGAUCUUGGUCAUCCAACUGUUUGUUGCGGAUUCUAAAAGGGGGAGGGGGUUAUAUGAAAAUGAAAAAAAUACCCAGUCCCAAGCACACCUCUUAUGUAAAGUAAUGGGUCGGGGUUUUAUGUUAUCCUGUUACAACUAGAAAUGCACUGGAAAUAUUAUAUCUUUCCCGUUUCUUUUUAUAGCUAUCCAAUUCUGUAACCCAUGUAUUCCUUUUCGCAGCUGGCUGCCAUAUUGUUAUAAUUAGAAGGGGGGAUAUUCUGAAAUACUGUAAAAAGUUUACUAGUUUUCCAUAUUCUUAUUUUAGACUAGACUAGGGUUUCAAAAUAUAUUUCAAUUUAGUAAAAUACACGGUAUUUGGAAGAAUAUUUUGAGUGAAUAUUUUGUCUUGCCAUUAGGAUCUGUCUGUGUUGUAAAAUCAUUCAUUUUCCCAUUGGUGAGAUCGCAGUAUUCUACAAGUGUCUGACAAGUUUUAUCCAAAAAAAAGUCUGUUGUCGUUAUCAUCCAUAACUCCAAACUUCUGCUGUUGGUCAUUUUUUUUUUUAAUGUACAUUGAACUACGUCAUGCUCUCAUUAUGAAACAUUUUGAUCACAUUUAGAUGUAGAUUUGUUUUCUCAAUUUUUCAAAAUCAAUUUAUCAUAACUUAUAUUAAUUUAUAAUAGCACAUACUGUUCUCCUCAGUGAACUUGGGAUUCAAUUUUAUCGAUUUUAAUUAACUUAAAUCACAUAAAUUCCUCAAAAGAUCUCAUUAAACGGCGAAUCUAAUGAGGUUUUAAGAAAGAUAAUAAGUAUUGUAUUGUGUAUUUCAAAAGUUGCAUAUCUGGAAUUGAUAAUUGGAUUUAUUGUAACAUAACAGGAAAUUAAGCCACUUUGAUAGAAUAAGCAAUGCAACCACCAAGUUGAUCUACUGUCUUGUUAAAUUUUUUUUUAUUUUAACUUGUAAACAAACAAAUCUGUAUUUUAUUUUUUACAAGAUAUGAAGAUUUGCUUGCUUUCCAUUGUGCAUGUAUAUUUGAUAAAUUGAUAAUAGACAAUAUGCUUGUCAAUUGAUAAGAUUGACUUAAUUCAGGAGUCAUUUACCAAGGAAAAAUAGUAUAUCAUUAAUAUAAAUUAAAAAAAAAAAUACUUGUUAAAAAA